AUCGCUAGUCAGCACGUCGAAAAACCAAUCAAACGCUGUAUCUUGAAAACAUGAUUAAAUUGUGCGCCGCAAAGGGAAAUGCUCCGCGUUAGGUGUCUCCUUCUACUGCACGGCACUACUCGCUUAUAACAACACGUCCGUGUCGCAUCAACCAGUUUCACGGUUUUACCUGUGAAUUUACCUGUAUUUUUUUUCAAGUUAGUGCCGGUAUGACUGGUUAAAAAAUACGGACACGACCGCCGUACCCGCCAGUAUAAGUUGAUCAGUGAUUUGUUUUCGUUUUUAUUUAUUUAUUUAUUUUUAUUUUGCAACAUGACAGGACCAAAGUCGAAAAACACGGAACUAUGCCUCGCGCUGUACAGAAAAUCGCUGAAAUCGAAGGAAAUGGACCACGAUGGGACCCACUGGGAUGGACAGUACCCCCAUGUAUUUGUGACACUGGGUGCUUCUGGCGAUUUGGCACGGAAAAAAAUUUACCCGACUUUGUGGUGGCUGUUCAGGGACAAUCUCCUCCCCCAGAACACCAUAUUCUACGGGUACGCCAGAAGCAAAACGUCCAUAAACGAAAUCAGAGAAAAAUGCGAACCCUACAUGAAGGUACGAGCGGGUGAGGAAGACAAGUACCAGGAGUUCUGGGCUUUGAACCACUACGUGGCUGGUGGUUACAACAGCCGCACGGACUUCGAGAAACUGAACCAGGAAAUUUCAGCCUUCGAAAAAGGACCCACCGCCAAUAGAAUCUUCUACUUGGCGUUGCCUCCUUCGGUGUUCGAAGAGGUGACGGUGCACAUCAGGAACGCCUGCAUGGCCCCAAAGGGUUGGACGAGGAUCAUCAUUGAAAAACCUUUCGGAAAGGACAGCGACACCUCCAAGACUUUGUCCGACCAUUUGGCCUCGCUGUUCACCGAACAACAAAUCUAUAGAAUCGACCACUAUUUGGGCAAGGAAAUGGUACAAAAUCUGAUGACGUUAAGGUUCGGCAACAGGAUUUUCAACCCGACUUGGAACAGGGACAACAUCGCAUCCAUUCAAAUCAGUUUCAAGGAACCGUUCGGCACCCAGGGCAGGGGCGGCUACUUCGACGAGUUCGGCAUCAUUAGAGACAUUAUGCAGAAUCAUUUGUUGCAAAUUCUGACCCUUGUUGCCAUGGAGAAGCCGGCUACGUGUCACCCCGACGACAUUAGGAACGAAAAGGUGAAAGUUUUGAAAAACGUGAGACCCCUGGAGCUGAACGACGUCGUUUUGGGACAGUACGUGGGCGAUCCGAACGGCGAAGGCGACGCGAAGCUGGGAUACUUGGAUGACAAGACAGUUCCUGAAGGUUCUGUCACGCCGACCUAUGCUCUCGCCGUUUUGCACAUAAACAACGAGAGAUGGGACGGCGUUCCUUUCAUACUUAAGUGCGGGAAAGCAUUAAACGACAGAAAGGCCGAGGUGCGAGUGCAAUACAAAGACGUGGCUGGCGACAUUUUCGACGGUAAGCCCAAAAGAAACGAAUUGGUGAUCAGGGUGCAGCCCGGAGAGGCCCUCUACGUAAAAAUGAUGGUCAAAACUCCCGGAAUGGCGUUUGACAUGGAAGAAACUGAACUUGAUCUGACCUACGGACACAGAUACGCCAACGUGAAACUGCCCGACGCCUACGAACGCCUGGUGCUGGACGUUUUCUGCGGCUCGCAGAUGCACUUCGUUCGGUCGGACGAACUGAGCGAGGCGUGGAGGAUCUUCACGCCGCUCCUGCACAAAAUCGAGAAGGAGAGAAUCAAACCGAUUCCGUACGUGUACGGAAGCAGGGGACCCAAAGAAGCCGAUGAACUGCUGUUGAACAACAACUUCACGUACACCGGCUCGUACAAAUGGACCAAUCCAAAGUUUUAAAUUAAUCACAUUCUUGUUAUGACAUUCCAUGUGUAAAUAACGAAUUAUUUUAAUGGUUAAGGCUUGAUUUUUAGCAAAUUAUUUUAUGUAUUUAUUUGAGCUCCACCAAAGUUUAUUUAUGAGACAUUCCCUUGUUUUUUAUUAUGCUAUUUGGUUAAGGAGACUAAGGCAAUAAAUUUUUAUAUUUAA